AUGGAUCUGGUGGGCGGAGAGAGGGUGAAAAAAGAAGAAAAGGGUAGCGGCGGCAUUAGAAGAGGAGGGAGAGAAGAAGAGGGCGGCGGCGGCGGCUGCAAUAGAAGAGGAGGGAGAGAAGAAGAGGGCGGUGGAUGUGGUUGGAGAGGAAGAGGAGGGAGAGAAGAAGAGGGCGGGGCGGCGGCGGCUGCAGUAGAAGGGGAUGGAGAGAAGAAGAGGGCGGCAGCUGCGGUUGGAGAGGAGUGCGACAAAUGA